AUGAGACAGAUUUUGACUGGGUCCCAGAGGGCCUAUACCCCCCUACCAGCAGGGCCUAUCCCCCCUACAAGCAGGGCCUAUACCCCCUUACAAGCAGGGCCUAUACCCCCCUACCAGCAGGGCCUAUCCCCCCUACAAGCAGGGCCUAUACCCCCUUACAAGCAGGGUCUAUACCCCCCUACAAGCAGGGCUUAUACACCCCCACCAGCAUGGCCUAUAUCACCCCACCUGCAGGGCCUAUACCCCCUACAAGCAGGCCCUAUACCACCCCACCAGCAGGGCCUAUACCCCCUACAAGCAGGCCCUAUACCACCCCACCAGCAGGGCCUAUACACCCUACAAGCAGGCCCUAUACCACCCCACCAGCAGGGCCUAUAUCACCCCACCUGCAGGGCCUAUACCCCCUACAAGCAGGCCCUAUACCACCCCACCAGCAGGGCCUAUACACCCUACAAGCAGGCCCUAUACCACCCCACCAGCAUGGCCAAAACCCCCUACAAGCAGGCCCUAUACCACCCCACCAGCAGGGCCUAUACCCCCUACAAGCAGGCCCUAUACCACCCCACCAGCAGGGCCUAUAUCACCCCACCUGCAGGGCCUAUACCCCCUACAAGCAGGCCCUAUACCACCCCACCAGCAGGGCCUAUACCCCCUACAAGCAGGCCCUAUACCACCCCACCAGCAGGGCCUAUAUCACCCCACCUGCAGGGCCUAUACCCCCUACAAGCAGGCCCUAUACCACCCCACCAGCAGGGCCUAUACCCCCUACAAGCAGGCCCUAUACCACCCCACCAGCAGGGCCUAUAUCACCCCACCUGCAGGGCCUAUACCCCCUACAAGCAGGCCCUAUACCACCCCACCAGCAGGGCCUAUAUCACCCCACCUGCAGGGCCUAUACCCCCUACAAGCAGGCCCUAUACCACCCCACCAGCAUGGCCAAAACCCCCCUACAAGCAGGCCCUAUACCACCCCACCAGCAUGGCCAAAACCCCCCUACAAGCAGGCCCUAUACCACCCCACCAGCAUGGCCAAAACCCCCCUACAAGCAGGGCCUAUACCACCCCACCAGCAUGGCCAACCCCCCCCUACAAGCAGGCCCUAUACCACCCCACCAGCAUGGCCAAAACCCCCCUACAAGCAGGGCCUAUACCACCCCACCAGCAUGGCCAAAACCCCCCUACAAGCAGGGCCUAUACCACCCCACCAGCAUGGCCAAAACCCCCCUAUAAGCAGGGCCUAUACCACCCCACCAGCAUGGCCAAAACCCCCCUACAAGCAGGGCCUAUACCACCCCACCAGCAUGGCCAAAACCCCCCUACAAGCAGGGCCUAUACCACCCCACCAGCAUGGCCAAAACCCCCCUACAAGCAGGCCCUAUACCACCCCACCAGCAUGGCCAAAACCCCCCUACAAGCAGAGCCUAUAUGA